AUGUCUGGGGCCGUCUGGGGCCCUGUUUACCAUGUCUGUGGAGAAACCCAAGCCCGUUCACGGGCGUCCGUUGGCCCAGCUCGUGAGCUUAGCAGGACUGGGGACGUAGCUCGCACAUUUGUUAGAUUGGCGGAGAGAUGCCGGCUUGCCAACCAAGUUGUCAUCAGGAACAUAGAAUAUGUCAGAGCUGACGGCACAGCGCCUCUGAGACUGUUCAGCAAGAUCUGGUCGUUCUCUCGACAAACAACUGUAUCUCUGGGGUUCAUCCCAUUCAUUUCGGCAUUAGACACAGGCGGGAAAGCCAAACACGGUGGGACUGGUAUCGGCGGGAAUCAGCGCUGGUUUACUCGGGAAGAAGCUAGGCAGUCGGAGAUUGUGAAGAAUGGGCUCGGGCAGGGCGGAUUUACCUGGGACUCGGGGACAGGCGCGGUUGUGCGACUUGCCCGAGACCGCGACGCGCGCACGCGACAUGCCCCCGAGCUGCCACGUGGGAACGUUGCCCUCAAAAGUAAAAAUCAUCGCGCCCAUGCCAGUGAUCACCGGAGCGCCGACAUGUGGCCUGGAGCUAGGCAUCAAUUCGACAACGCGGCGGGGCGGCUCGGUGGCACCACCGGCGGGAACGCUAAAUGGUCUGGCCAUUCGGGCGGUACACCAAACGAACCGAACGCUUCGGAUGAGUAA